AAAUACUAGUUUAGUGUUCGUUGGUUUAUAUGUUGUUUUUUUUUUUUAACACACAAAAAUUACAUAAAAAUGGUCGACAUGCAUAAAGACAUACUCAAUUCCCUGGAGGGAAAUUUUUUUUUUAUUUAGUUCUCUGUGAAUUGUGAGAAUCUCUUGGCGUUGGUUCAACGUUCAUCUACUUUUUGUCGACAGCUGGUCGCCGUUGGUUAUUCAUUCUAGAUCGAGAUUCGCAAGGAUGGCUGUCUUUGUUCAUACAGGAACUGGCGUUUCACAAACGACUGUGGUGAACGAGUUGGCUGGAAGUCAAGUCGAAAACGGCAAGGAAGAAGCCAAACGCAUUGUUGGAGCUGUACUGGAUGCAACACCUAUAUUUGGGCAUGUUAAAGGCUUCGUUCAUGAUAUUACUGGUGACCAUCAAGCAGCCGAGCGUGCCUAUGAAGCUGCCACAAGAGCCACUGCCGUAUUGGGUGCCGGUGCUGGAGGAUUGUUAGUUGGUGGACCAGUAACAGGUGCAGCUUUAAGUGUCACCACUGGUGCUACAUGGGAUGUGACAACUGCCUUGGCUACUGAUGGUAAGGAAACCCCAGGAGUUGCCAGUCUAGUAACCAAUCCAGGCCUUGAAACGGCUGUCAGUGCUGGAAUAAGUUUGGCUGGUGACGGACUCGCCGGUUUUGUUGGUGCCAAAGUGGUGGGGAAGUUGUGUGAGAAAAUUCCCAAAGCUGGUAUAACAAAACAGUUAAAAGCAGUGGUCAGCGAGGACAUCCGACCCACUGAAUCGCUGGGCGUCGAAAUGAUUAAAACGGAAAUAAAGAAUCUCAAAUCCACCGUAAUCUCAGCAAGUGAAGAAUGCAAGGCAGCUCAGGAUUGUUACAAGUACAACAAGGAUUGAUGAAAUCGAAUGUUCAUUCGUGUACCUACCUUGUGGUAUCCUUGUUUAAAUAAAAACAGUUAUCGGGAAAAUA